AUGGGAGACGUCAAUCUCGAUUCCACAGAGGUGAGAUGUGAGUUGCAAACAUCUACGGGUCACAAUUCACCUGUUUGUUCAGCGCAGAGUUCACCAUAUUCUUCCAAUAUUAGUGAAUCAGAAAUUGAUAUUUCAUCAUUAUCACGGCAUUCAUCAUGCUCAUCAUUAAAUCAGCAAAAUGCGCUAUCAUUGCCACCAGUGACAACGAAUGUCAUAUCUUCAAAUCUACUUUUAAAUGGAGGGUGUCGAAGUAUCUCAAGAACUUACAAUAACGGACGGGUAGAACAAGAUGGUACAGUACGUAAUCAUCUGUCUUGCGCUCCUGAUAGUGCAAGUGAUGAAGAUAUGACUGCAGAUGAUAGUAGCAAUAACAGCUUUGGUGCGCAUUUUCGUUUUGAACGACAAAACACUGUUGAGCAAAGUGGUAUUAGAUUGCGUUCACUCAAUGGUGUUACUGGAAAUGGAAAUGAAACGGAACGAAAAACUUCGCUACCACGCACUUUUACACCAUCGCCCACCGUUUCGGGACGAUCAUCACCAGCAUGUCAUCCGGUACCUUCGCAUUCACGUGUUGCAAAUAUACGUCGAGAAAGUAAUUGUUCAAUUGAAAGCGAGCUUGCCCACGAAAGGCUGGUGCAGUUCGCCCAACAGGUGUCUUUGGGAUUCGACGAUUUCAGUAUUGGAAGUAGUGCAGAGCGAAAAAGAACACAUUCUCUUUCGGAACCGAUUUCUGUUUUAACGAAUGCAUUCAUCCCGCACAGUUGUUCACCAUCGCCGACACGAUCAGUUGAUAUACAGAAGCAGUGUUAUUCACCCUCAACGCAACAAGUUGUUCGUAACAACAUCACUUAUUCGCCAAGUCCGAGUCCAACACCCAGUCCAACACGGCAUACAAUGCGAAGUCUGAGUCCUAUAGCCGUUCGUCAAGUGAUAAAACGUCGAUAUACCAGUUCGGCUGGUGGCGAAUCGGAUUCUGAUCAACGUGCAACACGGAUAGCGAAACGACUUUGUCAGCAAUCUCGCAUUAUAAGUCGUGGAUGUGUUUCUCCACUUGCAUUGGAAAAUUCGACAUGUUCUUCUGAAUCGGCGAUUAAAUCUCCGGAAUUGGCGAAUCCGUUUUUCUUUCCUUUUCCCCCUCGUCUUUUGGUUGAUCCAGCAAUCGAAGUUAAAAUGCCCCCUCCUCCGAUGGAAGUAGAUGACGAUGACGACUCAGUGAAUGAACAAAGAACAGGUUCAGAGGAAGGAAUAAUUGCUGGCGGUGACCAUGCGUUGAAUAGCUCUGGUACUACAACAAAAGUUCGGCAAUUGCAGUUACCCGAGUUCACAGAUCCUGUUAUUAUUGUUGGUGGUGGUUUGGCUGGUCUCUCUGCUGCACUUCAGGCAAUACACGAAGGCGCAAACGUUAUUCUUGUGGAAGGUGAAAAGGAUGUGGGUGGUAAUAGCCAAAAGGCAUCAAGCGGAGUAGCAGCUUGUAAUACGGAAGCACAACGUGUUAGGCAAAUAAAUGAUUCAGUAGAAUUGUUUUAUUCCGAUACGAUGUCAGCUGGAGAUCACGAAAAUGAUCAUAUAUUAGUUGAUCAAUUAGUACGUCAUUCAUCCUCUGCUAUACAAUUCCUCAUUGAUCAUGGGGUUGACUUAUCUGACAUAAAUCUUUGUGGUGGACAUUCAGUAAAGAGAGUACAUUGGAUACCACAACCGAAAGAAGGCAGACCAGUAGCAGUAGGCUUCAGUAUUAUCAAAGCGCUAAAGGAAAAACUUCGUAUGCAUGAAAAAGACCAUCCAGAAAAGGUGCGCAUACUACUGGGAACCGAAGUAGUUGGGUUGGUUACAUGGAACGAUUUUGUUACCGGUGUGCGUGUUAGGAAUGGCAGUCAAAUUGAUGAAAUAUCUGGGAAAGCAGUUGUUUUGGCCACUGGUGGUUUCAGUUGCGAUCAUUCCAAUGAAAGCUCUCUGUUGCAAGAAUUCGCACCGGAGAAAAUUAACUUUCCUACAACUAACGGUCCAUGGGCCAGGGGAAGUGGGGUUAAAAUGGCUCGAGCUAUGGGUGCAGCUUUGGUAGGCAUGCAAAAUGUACAGAUUCAUCCUACAGCAUUUGUGGACCUGAAAGAUCCAGCAGCAACAACUAAAUUUCUUGCCGCGGAAGCUCUCAGAGGAAAGGGUGCCAUUUUGUUAAACGAUAAGGGAGAACGAUUUGUAAAUGAGUUGGAGCGCCGAGAUCAUGUAACUGAUAAAAUCUUGAAAUUCUGUGCGAAAAACGAAGAAGCUGGUGGCGCUCAUAUUGCUUUCAUGCUUAUGGAUGAUCAAGCAGUAAAUGACUUUGGCCGCGCUUCAUUUAAUUUCUAUGCCAAAAUUAAAGGUUUCUUCAAACAAUUCGACACUUUAGAAGAAGCAGCGAAUUACAUGAAAGUAGAAUCAUCCAAACUAAAAGCAACCUUAGAUGAAUACAAUGAACAUGCUCAUUCAACUUUGUCUAAGGAUGAUAAAUUCGGAAAGAAGAUUUUCCCGAUUGCUUUGGAGCAUUCACCUUAUUAUGUUGCCGUUAUCACUCCAGCUAUUCAUUACACAAUGGGAGGGGCGGCUGUGUACAAUGAAUUUUCGGAUAAACCGUUCAAAGGCCUAUUCGCUGCGGGAGAAGUUACAGGUGGUGUGCAUGGUCGUAAUAGGUUGGCUGGGAAUUCAUUGCUCGAAUGCGUUGUUUAUGGACGUAUAGCUGGACGUAGUGCAGCAAAUGUACGUUAUUCACCUUCUGACGUAAUGCUAACACGCACUGAUUUAUAA